GUCUUAAAGAGCGCCAGGGCGGCUGCUGAUAGACUGACGGCCGGCUGGUUAUAAAAUGUGAACGUGCCCGGGUUGCAGCAGAAGCCUCGCGCUGUCCGCGUGCUCGUCAAACCGAAUAAAAGACGCUCGAGGAGCGGUUCUGAAAAGCUGCAGAGGUCACGGCUCGUUCUCCCGGAAGUAUCUUCAAAAUGGAUCUUGGCAACAAAGAACUCGUGCCUGGACAGACUCUACCCGUCGUGAUCAUCGGUAACGGCCCGUCGGGGAUCUGCCUGUCAUACCUGUUGUCAGGUUACACUCCGUACCUGUCGCCUGGGGCGUGGCACCCCAACCCCCUGCUGCACAGCAAGCUGUCGGAGCAGCCUCACCUGUCGCUGCUGGAGCAGGAUCUGGAGUACCUGUGCGAGGGUCUGGAAGGCCGCUCGUCCAAUCCUGUGGCGCUGCUUUUUGAUUCGCUGCUGCUGCCUGACAGCGACUUUGGAUUGGAGCACACGUCGCCGCUGGAAUGGCGCUACGAAGCCGAGCGUGCUGUUCCUCACCUGGUUCUGGGGAGGGGCCCGCCUGGAGGAGCCUGGCAUGCCAUGGAGGGCUCCAUGCUGACGCUGAGCCUGGCCAACUGGAUGGAGCUUCCUGGCCUCAAACUCAAGGACUGGAUGAGAGAGAAACGCAGGAACGUGAGAAAUGAUCGUGCCACCCCUGCAGAGAUCGCCUCCUACUACCAGCACUACGUUUCCCAGAUGUCCCUGGGGCAGAACUUUGCCUGCGGGACCACAGUUACCUCGGUAACCAGGGAGCCCGGCAGCCGGGAGGCGUCGCCGCCCUGCUGGAGAGUGUCGGGGCUGCAGUGCCGGGAGGGCGAGGAGCUGGGAGGUUCUCCAGAGGAGGUGCCAUUCUCCCUGCUGGCCCACAAUGUGGUUCUGGCCACGGGCACGCACGACAUCCCGGCCCGACUCGGCGUGACGGGGGAGGCGCUGCCUUUCGUCUGCCACUCCUUCUGGGAGCUGGAGGCGGCCAUAUCCCGCGGAGAACUGGACCAGUCCUCUGACCCGGUGCUGGUGGUGGGGGCGGGGCUUACGGCGGCCGAUGCGGUUCUGGCCGCCCACCAUCUGAACACGCCGGUGUACCACGCCUUCAGGCGCUCUGUGGCCGACCCGGACCUCAUCUUCAACCAGCUGCCCAAGCUCCUCUACCCGGAGUACCACAAGGUGCAUCAGAUGAUGACCCAGCAACAGCACCAGCCGACCCGUCCACUGCAGGAACCGGCCCAGAACCUUCACUCCAGCUCGUCCUCCUCCUCCUCGUACACGGGUUACCUGAGCUUCCCGCGCCACAGAGUUGUGGCGUUCCGACCCGACCGGAAGUGCGUCCUGGAGUCUGACUCCGGUGAGCAGGCGGUGGUCCGCGUCUCCAAGGCGCUGGUUCUGAUCGGCUCCCACCCAAACCUUUCCUUUCUGCACGACACCGGGCGUUCGUUAGGCAUCAACCCCGAUGACCCAAUCUCCUGCCGGAGGAACCCCAUCGACGUGGACCCGUUCACCAACAGGGUGUUGGCGGCGGACGGGCCCGGCUUGUACGCCAUGGGCCCGUUGGUCGGGGAGAACUUUGUUCGGUUCCUGAAGGGAGGAGCUCUGGCCAUCGCCAGCGACCUCGCCAAGAGACGGAGCGAGGGAAGAGGAGAAGCUGUUGGAGCGCACCGAUGGUCCGACAGACGGACGGAAGCAGAGGUUCUGGACUCGUAGCUGGAAACCAGAACCGAACGGUCCUUGUCUGAUGGACACGGAACAAAAACGACGAGUCACGCUGUCAGAGAAUCGGACCAGGAGAGGCGCCGCUGAGGUUUCACCUCAUCAUCAACCUGCAGCACGAGCUCUGGAACCGGUUCUGGUUCGGCCCUAAAAGCCUUUCACGAGAAGAAGCUGAAAAACGUCCCAACAGGAAGAGAAAUCAGCCGAAGGUUUGCUGGAGAAGAAGAAGAAGAAGAAAGGACAUUAGUGAGAGAAACGGUGCGUUCGGGUGCUCCUCGUUGACAGUUCCUCGUUCAGAACCUGAAGGUUCUGUCGGAACCGGACGUCUCUGACCAUAUACGGGCCCGGUUUAAUCUGAGAUUAUUGCAGUUCAAUGUUUUCAUGGCUGUAAAUGUUGAUGGUGAAUUUAUACUUGAUUUCAGAUGAGCACGCAGCUUUUUUAUUUUCCGUUUCUGAUUUCUCUCCAGUUUCAUGAGUUUUUGGUGAAAACGUGUUCAAGUCGACACGUCUGGGCACCAAAGUCAAAGCCUCGUUAGCA